AUGAAGCGCUUCUGCUCCGGGGUCAGGCAAAGGCCCGCACCACGCGGCCUCCGGAAUCGCCCGCCCACGCGCAGCACACGGGUGGGGAGGAGCCUGGGCCGCUCUCUCACCGCCCCCCCAGGGAAGAUUUGCCCCAUCCCGGCCGUCCUCCCCACUCCCGGGGCGGGUUUUGGCCGGGAAGGCGGUCGGGCAGAAAGGCCCGGGCAGGCCACCGACCUGGCGGGAAGGCCCGGCCCGCCUUCCCCGCCUUCCCCGCGCCGCCGCCGCUGCGGGAAGGCGGGAGGCCCGCCGUCCCGGACGUCUGCUCGGCCACCGAUUUUCAACCUACCCCCGGGGUUAACGCUUCCCCAAGAAGGAAGCCGCUUUCCCGCGCCGGUCGCCACACGCGUCUGCCGCCACCGCUCCCGCCGAGAACCAGAGGCCGCGAGUGCCUCCCCUCCCCCCGCGCAACGUCAACGCGACGUCGGCCGUCGUCGUAAUGCUCCGAGGAGGAGCGCACCAGAACCGCCGCCACAGCGGAAACCCGGUACCACCCAGGCGCACCCCGCGCGUCCCUGGGGCUCAGGGCGGAGCGAGAGACGCUCUCUGCGAGGCAUGCCCGGCGGCUCUGGAGGCCGGCAGUACAGCGUUACUGCGGCGACACCCACCAUGAGGCGAGGCGUUUGGGGCGCCUCAUCCCGCUUCCCCGCCGUGGGCCUCCCCGAGCUUGGACACGUAUGCAUGGCAGCGGGUCCUGCUAGUGCAACCGGUGACUGGCCUCCCCUCCUCCCUCCUCGCUCCCCCCGUGUGCCUCCGUCUUACGUCUCCAUACCCUGCAGUCCUCGCCCCGAAUGCGCGUCUAUUCGGAGGCGCGUGGUAGUGAUGGCGGCGCUCAGUGAGGCUUUCCUGUCACUGGAUACUACUACUCCCAGCCCGCCUCGGAGCCGCCCGAGCCAGCCCUCCGGUCUUUAG